AUGGACAACCUCGCCGCCAUGUUCACGCAGCUCUCGAACGCCAUGGGCAACCCCAACCCGGACCUGAGCUACCUCGAGCGCGUCGCUGGCGAGAUGGGCGGGCCCGACGUCUUCCUCGGGGCAAUGGCGCAGAUGGCGGCCAGCCUGCAGGACUACACCGACCCACUCGACGACCCCGAGUUCGCCAACCAGAUCACCACCGCGCGCAAGGUGCACGCGGCCGAGAAGGCGCGCAAGCCUCGCCGCCCUCCGGUCGCCGACCGCGACGAGCUCGUCGACCGCAUCGAGCAGCAGCGGGCCAUGAUUGCGCGCGAGCGACUCAGCGGGCAGCCGUGGAUCUACCUCGGUAUGGACAAGGGCUCGAGUCCCGCGCCGUUGGGCCAGCUUCAGCCGAUUCUGCUCAAGGACAUGCUCGCGACCAAGACGCACAAGGGUCGCUACCUCCUGUGCCGCAUCAUCUCCAAGACCGCUCUCACGUCCAGCGUCGCGUUCAUUGUCGAGGACCAAGAAGCUCGAGUCGAGACGGUCUCGAUCUUUAACCUCGACAUGUGCGGCGUCCCUCUCGGCGACGGCGCCGACCCCCUGUUCGGCGUUGGCGACAUCCUCGCCAUCCGCGAGCCGACCUACCGCACCGAGACACGCGACACCACCAAGUUUGCCAUCCGCGUCGACUCGCCGACCGACUUCCACUUCCUGUCGCCGCACGAUCCGCUCGUCGAGAAGGCCAAGUGGGCAACGACGACGCCGCGAACUGCGCUCCCGGCCUCGUUCGACUACAAGGCGCUCGGCAACAAGUACUUUGGCGAGAACCUGGACCUGUACGCCGUCAAGGCCUACUCGGACGGCAUCCUCAAGACGCAGGACCCGGCGCAGCACGUCGUCCUCCUGCUCAACCGCGCCAUGGCCCGCCUGCGCGUCGGCGCCUUUGUCUCGGCGUGCCGCGACACGACCGACGCCCUGACGCUCCUGAGCGACGGCAUCAAGGGCCCGUCGCGCGCCGUCGAGAAGGCCAUGCUGCGCCGGGCCAAAGCGCUCGAGGGCGCUCGCCUCCUCACGCGCGCGUGCGAGGAGUACCGCCGCAUCGGGCUCUUUGACCCGGACAGCACGGAGGCGGCUGAGCGGGGCAAGCGGCGCGUCGAGGGCAUGCUCAAGGCGUCGAGGACGGGCAAGUACGAGUGGAUGACGCUCGCGAUGGACGGGCCGAGGGACCAGCGCACCGUGUGCGGGGUCAGCGUCGGCGACUAUGUUGGGCCGAUCGAGGUUGCCCAGAUCAAGGGCCGAGGAGGAGGGCGCGGCAUCGUCGCGACGAGGGACAUCAAGGUCGGCGAGCUCCUGCUCGUCGAGAAGGCGUACGUCAUCGGCGAGGAGGCGGCGUCCAAGGGCUACAACCUCAAGACCGACCUGCUCCUGUCGAAACCUCGCGUCGCCCUCAUCGCCGCCCUCGCCGCCAAGGUCCAGGACGACCCGGCGAGUGCCGACCUCCUGUACGCGCUGUACGCCGGUCCCGACUAUCCACCGCUCGGCGCGGCCACCCUCGGCGGCUACCGAGAUCGCGAGCUCGACCUCGACGACCGCACGCCGCCUUUUGCCGACAUCGAGCGCAUCGAGCGCAUCGCCACUUACUCUGGCGUCGCCACGCGCGAAGACCUCAAUUUCUCGGCCUCGCCGACGGCCGUCUACCUGAGCGGCUCGCUGUUCAACCACGCCUGCGUGUCCAACGCGACGAGCAGGUUCGCCGGCGACGUGCAGAUGGUCCGAGCCCGUACCGCCAUCCCGAAAGGCGCCGAGGUCCUGAUCGCCUACGUCCCGUACGACGCGCCCGAGGCGUUCCGCCAGCGCGUCCUCCAGCCGCACUUCCCCAAGGGCUGCCCUUGCGACAACUGCCGCCGGAACGCGCCCGGUCGGGCCAAGCGCGCAAAGCGCCAUGCCGACCUCCUCGGCCCGUCGUCCCAGUGGCACAAGGCCCGAACGGUCCUGGCCGACCUCGAGUCGUCCGAGCUCUCGCGGCAGGACGCCGACCAGGUGUUUGAGAAGACGGUCGACCUGCUCGAGCGGUCGUACCCGCCGAACCAUGGCCCGAUCAAGAGCGCGCUCUUUACGGCCCUCCUCGAGCAGGCCGGCACGUGCCCCGGCGAGCGCUCGCUCGAGCUGUACGACCGCGCGUUCGCCGCCGUCGGCGCCGAGUUCAAGCGCACGCCGUCGCGCGUCGAGAUCGUCGCCAUGCACGCCUGCCAGGAAGCCAACGUCAUCCAGGCCAUGGUCUUUGUCGCGGCGCGGCACAACUUGUUUGGCCGUCGCGCCGACGCACGUGCGUGGUUCAAGGCGGCCGCCGAGCUGUCAGAGAUGGCGAUGGGGUCGAGCUACGACAAGUUUAUCGAGGAGCACGAGGACGAGAUCAAGGUGCACGGCGUGCGCGGGCUCGUCGAGUCUUGUCGGCCGUAGCUCGUGCAACUCGUUUUCUCUCUC